UACAGCUACAGAAUACAGAAACGUCGUCAAGAGAUAGACUUGCCUGUGUAGUUGUCAUUCUCGAACUGUGCAUGUGCAUAUCGUAAGAGGAAGAUGGCAGACAACAGGGAGAAAGCAACCGAUCAAAUGAAACUAUGGAAGCAGAAUCGGGGGACUCAGAGACCAGAUGUGUUGACCACAGGGGCAGGUGUGCCAAUUGGAGACAAGCUAAAUGAACUGACAGCAGGCCAGCGUGGACCCCUGUUGGUUCAAGAUGUGGUGUUCACCGAUGAGAUGGCCCAUUUUGACCGGGAGCGCAUUCCGGAGAGAGUGGUGCAUGCUAAAGGAGCUGGAGCAUUUGGUUACUUUGAAGUGACCCAUGACAUCAGUUGCUACUCCAAGGCCAACGUGUUUGAGCAUGUGGGCAAGACCACACCAAUAGCCAUCCGUUUCUCCACUGUCGCUGGAGAAUCAGGAUCUGCAGACACAGUGAGAGACCCACGUGGCUUUGCCGUCAAGUUCUACACGGAUGAGGGCAACUGGGACUUGACUGGAAAUAACACGCCCAUCUUUUUCGUCAGGGAUGCUCUUCUGUUCCCCUCCUUUAUCCACUCCCAGAAGCGCAACCCCCAGACCCAUCUGAAAGACCCGGACAUGGUGUGGGACUUCUGGAGCCUGCGGCCCGAGUCCCUCCAUCAGGUGUCAUUCCUGUUCAGUGACCGUGGUAUUCCUGAUGGCUUUCGACAUAUGAAUGGCUAUGGCUCACACACCUUCAAACUGGUCAAUGCCGAAGGCUACCCAGUCUACUGCAAGUUCCACUUCAAGGUGGACCAGGGCAUCAAAAACUUAGAUCCAGCAGAGGCAAACAGACUUGCAGCCACUGAUCCCGACUAUGCCAUCAGAGAUCUCUACAAUGCCAUCGCCACUGGGAACUUCCCGUCCUGGACCUUCUACAUCCAGGUCAUGACGUUUGAGCAGGCGGAGAAGUUCCCAUUCAACCCAUUCGACCUGACCAAGGUCUGGUCCCACAAGGAUUACCCACUGAUCCCUGUAGGGAAGCUGGUCCUCAACAGAAACCCGGUCAACUACUUUGCAGAGGUGGAGCAGCUGGCCUUUGAUCCCAGCAACAUGCCUCCAGGCAUUGAGCCCAGCCCAGACAAAAUGCUGCAGGGCCGGCUGUUCUCCUACCCAGACACACACAGGCACCGUCUGGGUGCCAACUACCUGCAGCUGCCCAUCAACUGCCCUUUUAGGGCCCGCGUGGCCAACUACCAGAGGGACGGCCCCAUGUGCAUGGGCGACAACCAGGCUGGAGCCCCUAACUACUACCCCAACAGCUUCAGUGCCCCAGAGACCCAACCCCGCUUCAUGGAGUCCAAGUUUCAGGUGUCCGCCGACGUGGCUCGCUACAACAGUGCUGAUGAUGACAACGUUACUCAGGUGCGCGCCUUCUACACCGAAGUCCUGAGCGGGCCAGAGCGGCAACGUCUGUGUGAGAACAUGGCCGGAGCACUGAAGGGAGCGCAGCUCUUCAUUCAGAAGCGCAUGGUCCAGAAUUUGAUGGCCGUCCACGCUGACUACGGGAACCGGGUUCAGGCUCUGCUAGACAAACACAAUGCCGAGUCCAAGGAGGCUGGGGUGCGGGUGUACACCCGAGGUGGGGCAUCUGCAGUGGCAGCCGCCUCAAAGAUGUGAUGCUCUACUCCCGCCAGCAGAGGGCUCCCUGCUCUCCCCCCCUGCACUUCAACCUGCUCUGGUGGCUAUCAGCUCCCGUCCUGCCCAUCUGAGAAAAGCUUGCCAAACAGCUUACUAUAGAUAUAAGGCUCCUUGGAUAAUCUGUGUUGCUUUAUCUUCUGCAUUAACAAGCAGUCUGUUUUUCUUUUGCCAAAGUGAUUCUGAGGUCUGAUGGUAAAUGGUGUUUCACAGAAUCGUUCCUCCCUAUUUCAACACUAGAACCAGUAGAAAGUCAGAUUUCUGUCUGUCAUACUUGAUUGUUGCUGAUUUGGUUAAACUACCACUAUAUGUCCACCGUAAUAGCAUUAUCUGAUUUUUUAUGACUGAACUCAACAUGCUUUUCUUGAGUAAUUAAAUUCAAGUGACCAUUUUACAACAGAGUACCAUGCAGGCUGAGAUCAUAUGCUUGGCACUCCUGAAAGACAAAUCAAGGAAGAUCACUUUACAUCUGUGUAUCAAACUGACCAGACUUGCAUGCAAGGUAGAGUACAAAACAACAUUCCAUUACCCCUACAUCCAUUUCACUUUGUCCUGAAUGAUCCUCGAUAUAUCUUCUCAAUCUGAGCAGACAGAGGCAUUUUAUGAACCACUUCAAUUCUGUAAGAUGACCUAGUUUGAAUAGGUCAUUGUGCAGAGAUGAGGUCUCCAUUUCCUGAUCAAAGUGAGAUGCUCUUUCUUUUUAUGCUGCUCUGUGGCCAGUGAUCAGGGCUGAUCUACUGCACGUCUGUGUCCUCGUAUGAAAAGAUCUCCAAUAUAUUUUUUGAAAUGAAGCUCUGUUAUUUGUUCAGUUUUGGUUUGAUGUUUUACUGACAUGUGGCUAAUGACUCUGUGAGCCUCCACCCUCCUCCUUACUAAGUGGGAAUCAGCAUGUUGCCAUUCAGUCAGUCUGUUAGGCACUGUAUUUUCAAUAGGGAUGUAAAUAGCUGAUUCCAUCAUGGGAGUCAUGUCCAUUGUAGAGGAAUUGAUACCUGAUAACAUUUUUUUUCUUGACAAUAUUUUAUUAAUGUAGUUUAAGGUAUUAUGGUAUUAUAAUUCAAUUUGAACCUAAACAGUCAAGGAUGGGAGCACUUAUUCCCUUGCUUAGCCAGCCUGUCAGAAGAUCAGUAACCAGUGGAAUUCCACUAAGAUGACUUGUGAAUGCCUUAAGCCACCGAAUGUACACUGUACGUGUUUUGUAAUUUAAGUAAAUAAAACCUGAUUAUAUUAGAA